UAAAUUAAUUGAUUAUCACACAACCUUCGAAGACAUUAAUCGAAUCCUAUUCAAACUAGUGAGACUAACCAGAGAGUCAGAGACCUUCUCGUUCGUUUUUCGCCGGAAGAAAAGUAUAGACCUAGAACUCGACGACUUUAACCAGCAGAUAGACAGAGACUGAAAAAAAUAAUAUUCAGCCAGGCGUUGAAGCCGGAAGCUUACCACCACAUAUGGAUCUCUCUCUCGCCGGCGACAAGAAGAGGCCGCGCAGAAGCUCAAGAGCAAGAGCUCCGACCACAGUGGGCUCUUUCCAACACGACAUCCUUUGCAUCAUCUUCUCUUUACUCGACUGCUUCGACCUCGCAAGUUGUUCCGUCGUAUGCAAAUCCUGGAGUGCGAUUAUCAACAAUUCUAAGUUGCUCCAAUUGUUUUACCGCAAAAAAUGGCAGACGGGUCUUCUGGGUUCCAGCAAUAGGUCUAAAGAAUGUCCUGAGGAAUCUUGGAAGGAUUAUUUGGAGGAGAUGGCUGUGGAGCGUCAUAGACUGGCAUUACAGGAAGGUCGAAUUCGUGUUGAUCACUUGAGGGGUCACUCUGUUGGGGGUGAACAGUGUCGAACGAAGAUGGGGUUGCUUCUUACUGGCGUCGGUGAUAAGGUUAUGCGUCUUUGGUCAUUGGAGAGCUAUAAAUGUGUAGGGGAAUAUCCCAUUCCAGACAGAGUCCGUUUAGUUGACUUUGAUUUUGAUGAGAGCAAGAUUGUUGGCUUGGUUGGCACUCGUAUAUGCAUAUGGAGGCAGAAUGGGAUAAGAAGAAUAUUUCCCUCGCAUGAGGGAACCUUUUCGAAGGGUUUAUGCAUGCGUUACUGCGAUCCUGAGGCUGUGGUCGGCUGUGAGGAUGGGACAGUUCGUGUAUUUGACAUGUACAGUAGAAAAUGUUCUCAAAUCAUUAGGGCACAUGAGGGGCCAGUAAAAUGCUUAUGUUUGAGUGAUGAUCAGUUGAUACUUAGUGGUUCUUCUCUUGGCGAUGUCACAUUAUCUGCACUUUCAUCUGGCGAGCGGGUAGUGAAGUUACGAUCACAAGAUUCCUCAGGCAUAAAGACUUUAUGUUUCAACCCAUGCUCUCACCAAGUAUUUGCUGGAACUGCUACUGGAUAUGGACUUUGUUGGGACCUAAGGAUGGGACUUUUGUGGAAGACACGAGUGAGUCAAAAUAGUGUAUAUUCAAUGCAACACCAGAGAAAUGAUGCAUCAACUUUGGCUGUUGGUGGAAUAGAUGGUGUGCUACGUCUACUGAAUCAGAGCACAGGUGAAGUAAUUUCAAGAUGCAUCUUGGACGGUUAUUUAUCACCAAGUUCACAAAACACACUUGGGGCUACACAAAGAACGAGGGGAAGAAGGCUUUCAGAAGAUACCACCAUUGACAGCAUUCUCAGAAGCUGUCGACCUCCAAUUACGUGCUUGGCUGUAGGGAUGAAGAAGGUUAUCACCACACACAACAGCAAGUACAUCAGAAUCUGGAAAUUUGACUGAGGCUGAGAGGCGACUCCUUUUCCUUAGGUGUUGUUGAUCUUGACUCUUGACUGAGGCCAUUCUGUUUUUGCUAGGAUAUGAUGAUAUUCAUGAUAAAUGUAGAUCUAUAAGUUCAUGUAUGAUUAUCGAUCAUUUCAUUGAAAUACGCUCAGUUUCCAGUUGUUUA